AUGGAGAAGGUGAACUGGCGGUUGGUGGCCGCCGCGUUUGCGGGCGUUGCGCUGGCCCUGGAGGCGCUGCCCUCGCUGGUGCGUUGGUUGCGGGCCGGGCGGCAGCCGCGACACGAGGUGCUCUUCUUCCCGUCGCAGGUGACCUGCACCGAGGCCCUGCUGCAGGCCCCGGGCGCGGCGCCGGCCCGGUCCCCGGCCGACUGCCCGUGCAGCCUCCCGCACAGCGAGAGCUCGCUGAGCCGCCUGCUGCGGGCGCUGCUGUCGGCCCGCUCCAGCCUCGAGCUCUGCCUCUUCGCCUUCUCCAGCCCGCAGCUGGGCCGCGCCGUGCAGCUCUUGCACCAGCGCGGGGUGCGCGUGCGCGUCAUCACCGACUGCGACUACAUGGCCCUCAAUGGCUCGCAGAUCGGCCUGCUGCGCAAGGCGGGUAUCCAGGUGCGGCACGACCAGGACUUGGGCUACAUGCAUCACAAAUUCGCCAUCGUGGACAAAAAGGUUCUCAUCACUGGUUCCCUCAAUUGGACCACACAAGCCAUCCAGAACAACCGAGAGAAUGUCCUGAUCAUGGAGGAUGCGGAGUACGUGAGGCUGUUCCUGGAGGAAUUUGAGCGCAUCUGGGAAGAGUUUGACCCUACCAAGUAUAGCUUUUUCCCCCAAAAAAAGCGAAGUUGCUAAAGCUAUGUGUUCACCUGGGUUGGAGCUGAAGGGGGAAGGGGCUAGAGCCUGUGCUGCCCACUGCCUGGGCUAGCCACUCAGCUGUACUCCAAGCCCUCCAGGCUAGAAAAUGGCUAGCCUGAAACUGGCUCCUUCAAGUACUCAACUGACUGAGAACUGAGGGAAGUUUCUGUUGACGGAGCAGUUGAUUAGCACCAAGUCAGUCUCCACCACAGCCCAGUAUAGGUUGCUCAGAAUUUGCUGGUUCUUAUCCUGCAGUGGACCCCAAAGUUUUGACAGGGGUUCUCCAGGGCCGAACAUUCCCCCCUGUCCCCCGAAUUGUUUCACUUCUAUUUUAGUUUCCCUCUGCCUCUUUGGACGGCCUUUCCUGCUGAGGCUGGCACUCCUGUUGUUAGCUCCUGGCUGGUGGGGACAGGAAGCCAGGAAAGAGGAGCCUUCUCCCUAGGGUGUGUGAGUU